UUCAAUGUAACAAGAAUUCGUCGACAGCGUGUAACACUGUAAACCUUCCGGAAAGCGCUACCGGUUAGAAAUGGAGGGAGGUGGAAGACCGCACUGGGGCCGUGGUAGCGGCGGCAGAAGAGGUGGUGGAGGUGGAAGUGACUCUGGUUUCUCGGGUGAGCACAGGGGAGGACGAGGGCGAGGCAGUCACCCCCGUGGAAGGAGCAAAAGGGAUCAUUAUCGGGGAAGAGGACGAGGCACACUUGCAGCGGACUUUAGCCGGGGCAAAGAUGUUUCCAACGAUAAGGCAGACUUUGAGGACGAGGGUCCCAGUAUAUUCACCAAGAGGAAGCUUGAAUCAAACUGGGACCGCUAUGAAGCGUCGGAGAAAGAAGAACAGAAUGAGGAUGCACCCGUGCAGAGGGGGACGGACUAUCAUGCUCUCUUGGGCUCAGCGGGAGACUCGUUCUCACAGUUCCGAUUCUCCGAGGAGAAGGACUGGGAGAUGGACUCACUGGCUGCUCAUCAGAUGUCGGGUGUGUUUGUGGACCUUGCGGUGCUGGCCCGGUCUCUGCAGGAACUGCCUCUCCACCGGCGGCUCAACCUGGAGCCCGAGCUGGUCCAGGAGGCCGCACCGGUGGAACUGCCCACCAUAACCAUGGUGGGCAAACCAGACAGCAGUGCCCUAGGCGGAGGGGGGUUUAUGACCGCUGCUCCUGCAACCAAAGGCUUGGCGUGUGGCACGGGCGUUUCCAGCGCUGUGAAGCCGACGCCGGCCCGCACCGAAGCCCAGGUCUCCUCCGGUGAGCGGAAGGCACCAACGGAAGAGAUGGACGAAGAGCUGGACCUACUCCUGGGCUUGCAGAAACCCGUAGCCGAGCUCUCUCCCAUGGAGAUGCCACCCAGCACCGAGUUCCCUCCCAUGGAGACGCUACCCAGCACUGCAGAGGAAGUUACUCCAGUCCUCAGUGAAAAAGCAGCUGAAGAAAAGAAAACCGAUGAGGUUGCGGAGGGGGUGAAGGAAGAGGAAGCCCCACCCGAACCAGCGCCUGUAAAACAGGAAGUGUCCGAGGAGGACCUGGAGGACUGGUUGGACAGCAUGAUCUCAUGACCUCAGUGGACUAUUACACUGGUUCCACUCCUUAGAGGGACGCGGUGGUUAGCACCUGAUGCACAGGACACGCGGCUGUGGAAACCACACACGUUGGAGCGCAGACCAUUCCCCCAACAGCCCUUCCUCAACCAAUCAGCUUUGUUUUUUUACACCAGGGUUUAACUACAGGGCUAAAUAGGCGGAGAUGUUGUCAUUUUUGUUUCCUGUAAGUGUCCAAAUUCCUCACUUGUAAGACACAAAGAGGUGUAACGAUGUGCCUUGGAUAGUCUCUGGCGUAUGGAUUUGCCAUCCUUUUUGCUUUGAGAGGUGUAGGUGUCUUUGGGUGACUUGUGGCUCCGUGUCUGUGGACGGAUUGAUGUGCUCGGGAACAUGAAUGACAGCUGGGAUUUAUUGCAUCUGUUGCUUUAUUCUCUUUUUCCCCCCCUCCUCAAAAAGAAAUGGCGACCACCAAAGCUACUACAUACAUACAAAUGGCCAUUCAAUAGCAGUUUAAAUUAUUUUUUUUUCAUCAUAUACUUUUUUUAGUUUGUUCAAUAAACGCAUAGUUUGUUCAUACAUUUUCUUCUCAGCAGUGAAUUUCUCUGAAUACUGUGAUAAUCGUGAACGUGUGCAGGUGGCCACGAGGCCCCUUGCAGUAGCCAAGAAUAAAUCCAAACUGAUAAACACUUA